UCCCGAUGGAAGCUUGUUGAAACAUCAGAUUUUCCGAUUAAAUAUUUAUUUUUCCGGGUAGUAAUUUUACGUGUUUUCGCACCUAAGUUUUAGGUGUCGAAAACCUGCAUCCAUUUUAUCCACUCUUCGAGGCGAUGAGAGCUUUUUAGGUUUUCGGACAUUAAAUUAUAUCAAAUCUAUCUGUGAUAUAUAUUUCCUGGCCUGAAAAUGAAUAAUAAAAAUAAUUUCAAGAAUCCAUUUGGCCGGCCUACAAUGGUAACAUCUGGUGCUGCAAUGACCAGCUCUAGUUUUUUGCCAUCUCAGAAAACUUUGAAAGGCGUCCUUGCCGGUGGCAUCACCGGGGGAAUUGAAAUCUGCAUCACCUUUCCCACAGAAUACGUGAAGACACAGCUCCAGCUAGAUGAAAGAUCUGCCAAACCCAAGUACACUGGCAUACUUGAUGUGGUCAAACAGACUGUUAAACAUCAUGGUGUGAAGGGGUUGUACAGAGGACUGAGUGUGUUGAUCUAUGGAUCUGUGCCCAAGUCUGCUGUGAGGUUUGGUACAUUUGAAUCGCUUAAGAAGAGAAGUGUAGAUGAGAAAGGCAACUUGCCUCCAGCUCAGCGUCUACUCUGUGGUUUAGGUGCAGGAGUAGCAGAGGCCAUUUUUGCUGUCACUCCAAUGGAAACUGUGAAGGUUAAAUUUAUCAACGACCAACAGUCUGCAAAUCCAAAAUUUAGAGGUUUUUUCCAUGGUGUCGGGCAAAUAAUAAAGCAACAAGGCCUGGGAGGUGUGUACCAAGGUGUCACUGCCACAAUUAUGAAACAGGGUAGCAACCAGGCAAUACGUUUCUUUGUGAUGGAAUCGCUUAAGGAUUGGUACAGGGGAGGAGACCCAAAUAAGAAGGUGAACAAGCUGCUGGUGGGUUGUUUCGGGGCCUUCGCCGGAGCUGCUUCGGUUUUUGGAAACACUCCUAUUGAUGUUGUCAAAACCAGAAUGCAGGGCUUAGAAGCGCACAAGUAUAAAAAUACAUUUCAUUGUAUUGUUGAAAUCGCCAGAAAUGAAGGCUUUUUUGCAUUCUACAAGGGGACGGUUCCAAGACUUGGUAGAGUGUGCUUGGAUGUUGCUAUUACAUUCAUGAUUUAUGAUUCUUUUAUGGAUUUAUUCAACAAAGUAUGGAAAACAGAUUAAGAAGUUAAAUAUCAAAUUCACUAAUUGUUAUGUUUGUAGGUUGUAUAGUUUAUAUUUUUGUUAGCUCUUUUUUUACACAUCCAUUGUAAUGAUUAUUUCUGCCUGAGAUAAAAAUGUAUAUGCUAGUAAAGUUUAAUGGCACAUUUGUAUAAUUUUUAAGCUGUAUGUAAAUUUUGAAAUGUUUGUGUAUUGGGAAAAAGAAUCAAUUUUGUAAUAACGAUUGUUUAUACUUACAGAUUUUAAGAUGUAUUUUAUGUAUGAAUUGAGAAUAAAAUUGUGCUCAUACUAUGUAAAUGAGUUUUAAUAUUA